CUCCGCUCAGUCGCGCAGCCCCUCCCGGCGGGCAGCGCACUAUGCGGCUCGAGUGGGCGUCCUUGCUGCUGCUACUGCUGCUGCUGCUGUGCGCGUCCUGCCUGUCCCUGGCCGCUGACAGCCCCGCCGAGGCACCUGCCCAGGAUAAAACCAGGCAGCCUGGGGCUGCUGCAGCGGCCGCCCAGCCCGACCAGCGGCAGUGGGAGGAAACACAGGAGCAGGGUCAUCCUCAACCUUUGGCUGGGCAGCGCAGGAGCGGCGGGCUGGUGCAGAUUAUAGACCAACUCUACUCUGGCGGUGGCAAAGUGGGCUACCUUGUCUACGCGGGAGGCCGGAGGUUCAUGCUGGACCUGGAGAGGGAUGACACAGUGGGUGCUGCUGGUGGUAUUCUUACUGCAGGAGGAGGGCUGAGCGCAUCCUCUAGCCACCGGGGUCACUGCUUCUAUAGAGGCACUGUGGACGGAAGCCCUCGCUCCCUAGCUGUCUUUGACCUCUGCGGGGGUCUCAAUGGCUUCUUCGCAGUCAAGCAUGCACGCUACACUCUGAAGCCGCUCCUGCGUGGGUCCUGGGCAGAGUACGAACGAAUUUACGGGGAUGGGUCUUCACGCGUCUUCCAUGUCUACACCCGUGAGGGCUUCAGUUUCGAGGCCCUGCCGCCACGCGCCAGUUGCGAGACUCCCGCGUCCCCUUCUGGGCCCCAAGAGAGCCCCUCGGUGCACAGUCGUUCUAGGCGACGCUCAGAACCGUCCCCGCAGCUGCUGGACCACUCAGCUUUCUCGCCAGCUGGGAACGCGGGACCUCAGACGUGGUGGAGGCGGAGGCGCCGUUCCAUCUCUAGGGCCCGCCAGGUGGAGCUCCUCUUGGUGGCUGACUCGUCCAUGGCCAGGAUGUAUGGGCGGGGCCUGCAACAUUACCUGCUGACCCUGGCCUCCAUCGCCAACCGGCUGUAUAGUCAUGCGAGCAUCGAGAACCACAUCCGCCUGGCGGUGGUGAAGGUGGUGGUGCUGACAGACAAGGAGAAGAGUCUGGAGGUGAGCAAGAAUGCGGCCACGACCCUCAAGAACUUUUGCAAAUGGCAGCACCAACAUAACCAGCUAGGUGACGACCAUGAGGAGCACUACGAUGCUGCCAUCUUGUUCACCCGAGAGGAUUUAUGUGGGCAUCAUUCAUGUGACACCCUGGGAAUGGCAGACGUUGGGACCAUAUGUUCUCCGGAGCGCAGCUGUGCUGUGAUUGAAGAUGAUGGCCUCCACGCAGCCUUCACUGUGGCUCAUGAAAUUGGACAUCUACUUGGCCUCUCUCAUGAUGAUUCCAAAUUCUGUGAAGAGAACUUUGGUUCCACAGAAGACAAGCGUUUAAUGUCUUCAAUCCUUACCAGCAUUGAUGCAUCCAAGCCCUGGUCUAAAUGCACCUCAGCUACCAUCACAGAGUUCCUGGAUGAUGGUCAUGGUAACUGUUUGCUAGACCUACCACGGAAGCAGAUUCUUGGUCCUGAGGAACUCCCAGGACAGACCUAUGAUGCCUCUCAGCAGUGCAACUUAACGUUUGGGCCUGAAUACUCUGUGUGCCCUGGCAUGGAUGUCUGUGCCCGGCUGUGGUGUGCUGUGGUGCGCCAAGGCCAAAUGGUGUGUCUGACCAAGAAGCUGCCUGCUGUGGAGGGCACUCCCUGUGGGAAGGGAAGAAUCUGCCUGCAAGGCAAAUGUGUGGACAAAACUAAGAAAAAAUAUUACUCGACAUCAAGCCAUGGUAAUUGGGGGUCCUGGGGACCCUGGGGUCAGUGUUCUCGCUCCUGCGGGGGAGGAGUACAGUUUGCCUAUCGCCAUUGCAAUAACCCUGCACCUCGGAACAGUGGCCGCUACUGCACAGGAAAGAGAGCCAUAUACCGUUCCUGCAGUGUCACACCCUGCCCCCCUAAUGGUAAAUCUUUUCGCCAUGAGCAGUGUGAAGCCAAAAAUGGCUAUCAGUCUGAUGCAAAAGGAGUCAAAACAUUUGUAGAAUGGGUCCCCAAAUAUGCAGGUGUCCUUCCAGCAGAUGUGUGCAAGCUUACCUGCAGAGCUAAGGGCACUGGCUACUAUGUGGUCUUUUCUCCCAAGGUUACUGAUGGGACCGAAUGUAGGCCAUACAGCAACUCCGUGUGUGUCCGAGGAAGGUGUGUGAGAACUGGAUGUGAUGGCAUCAUUGGCUCAAAGCUACAGUAUGACAAGUGUGGAGUAUGCGGAGGAGAUAACUCCAGUUGUACAAAGAUUAUCGGAACCUUCAAUAAAAAAAGCAAGGGUUAUACUGACGUUGUGAGGAUCCCUGAAGGAGCAACCCACAUAAAAGUCCGACAGUUCAAAGCCAAAGACCAGACUAGAUUCACUGCUUACUUAGCCCUAAAGAAGAAAACUGGCGAGUACCUUAUCAACGGCAAGUACAUGAUCUCCACUUCAGAGACCAUCAUCGACAUCAAUGGUACUGUGAUGAACUACAGUGGGUGGAGCCACAGAGAUGACUUUUUACACGGGAUGGGCUAUUCAGCCACAAAAGAAAUUCUGAUCGUGCAGAUCCUUGCAACAGACCCAACUAAAGCGUUAGACGUCCGUUACAGCUUUUUUGUCCCCAAGAAGUCGACUCAAAAAGUGAACUCUGUCAUUAGCCAUGGCGGCAACAAAGUGGGACCACACACUCCACAGCUGCAGUGGGUGACAGGCCCAUGGCUGGCCUGUUCUAGGACCUGUGACACAGGCUGGCACACCAGGACCGUGCAGUGCCAGGAUGGAAACCGGAAAUUAGCUAAGGGAUGCAUUCUCUCUCAGAGGCCUUCUGCGUUUAAGCAAUGUUUGCUGAAGAAAUGUUAGCCUGUGGUUUAUUCUAACGCACAAAAAUAGCAGGAGGGUCAUCGCAGAUACAGUUGUGGUGAAGACAAGGCCUACCCAAAGCACACAAAGACAUGCCUUCAUGUCAUUGUCACCACGAGUCGAGUUAUGGGCAGAAUCUGCUCUCUGUGACCAAAAGAUUUACUCUACUUGGUGUAAUGAUGGUGACCUUGGAAUAGAGAAAAAACGUGGGAGUUAUGGAACAUCCCUGGGCCUAGACAAAGGAGACACACAAUGAUGAAUGUAGAAUCGGGGACAUUUGAAGAUGGCAGAGAAGUCUUGUCACCUACCUCUUAUAGAAUGUCUUCAAAGACAUCGUGAUCAUGUUCAGCCAUGACACACAUCUUAUUUUUACUGUUUGUAAAUGCAUCCUCCCUUGGUAUGUCACUUUAUAAAGUUGGUCCUAUUAAUAUAUACACAUAUGUGUAUGUAUGUGUACAUGCAUAUAUACAUAUGUUUGUAUAUAUGUAUGUACACACACGCACAUAUAUAUAUAUAUAACAAAAUAUUUGACCAAAGUAGGUCUGCAGCUAUUUCAACUACUAGUUUCCAGAAAGGGCUGCGGAAGAUUUACUGGAAGUUAAGGACUUGCUGCUGUUAAAUUAGACUUUGUAUAUUGUCAGUCUACAGGAGAUAAGAGCUUAGUUUAAAAGAAAAGAAACCAUUUUGACAGCAAGCACCUUCUGUGAAGUUCUAAAAAGGGAAAGGAUCUGUGUGUGGGGGGGAAUCACUUAAACACAUACUCAGUUCUGUGUACUCUAAAUUUUGACUGUCUGUAUUUUUUUCAGGCAUCCAGCCAAGUUAUUGUAUCAUUUGGGGUGUAAAAACUGUGUUUUCCUGUGUAUAUGUGAUCAAUAUCCGAAGGUCUAAAAAUUAGCUUGCCUGUAUUGGAAUUUAAAAAAUAACAAAUAUGUCACUGUGUUUUCAAUGUAUAUUUUCACAACUGCUUCCUUUUCUGUGGCUCCUGGCUCAUAUCUUACAAUGUGUAGUCAUCAUAGAGAACACACAGCAGAAAGCUGCCUGUCACACCCAGCACCUUCAGUAAUGGCUUACCUCUGCUCAGCCAGUGUUUGUGUUUGCUUCUUUGCUUUUCCCAAGGAUUGGAAGACGCAUGUUCUGCAUUGAUUGAGUCUAACAGUAGUAUUGAAAUCAUUUCAUAUUUAGCCUCAUCUUGAACAAGCAAUUGGAUCAAUUCAACUAAUUCAAGAAACCAAACUACUUAGCACUUAAAAGACUGUUUCCACACCAUAGUCAAUUAUCUCAUAAUUUACCAAAUAUAAGCAUAUACCUGCUGUAUUAGAGAAUUUUCCCAAUCAGAAAGCAUUUAUUUAUAAUGUAUGAGUGAGUAUGUAGGUGAUGAAAUGUAAGGGUUUUCAGGAAGUCUUUUACCUGCACAAGAAGGUUGCACAUGCUUAAGUAAUAAUCAUAAACAGAAAAUCUCCUUUAAGCUACACACUUCACAACCUCCUCCGAUAAUUCAAAUAAUAUGAGAUCUUCUUAUUCCACUGGCAUUUCUUUUUUCUUUGUAAAAAUCUGCAAAGUAAAUUGUUUUAUGCAAAUUUUAUACUGAUCAUACCAAAUGUGCCUACUGUUAAGGAUCUGCAUACAAGGUUUUGAGAAAUCCUCUCUGGAAUUCCACUAAUUGUAUGAGAGUUUAUUUUUAUUAUAGAAUAUCUUAAUAUAAAUGAUUAUGUACUUGAUGAUUCGAUAGCACAUUUACUUCAGUAGACCAGAAAAAAAAAUGAAACCUUACUUAGGUUCCUUUGCUUGUUUUUUUGUUGUAAGAAAUUAUUUUGUGAAACAGACCAAUGCCCUUCCAAACCAGUGAUUAGCCAUUAGAUUCUCCCAGUCUGGUCUUUUACAUUAAGAAAUUCAGAUUAUAUAAUACUCAUAGCCUGUGUUGGGUGCAGGUUUCCAAAUAUAGAGCACAGGAAUUAAUCUAGUCAAAUUGGUCAUAAAAUAAAAGAUUAAAUCUCUGUACAGAGAGAAUAAAUAGUGUAAUGUGACUUUCUCCAAUUUUGAAAACAGUAUAAACCAAGUAGUUCUAAUUUGACAAAAUUCCCAUUUUUGUGUGUGUUUAUAUUAAAAGAAAAUAAAUGACGAGUAAAUGUGAUUAUCUCCCAUUCUACUUCCCUCUGUGGUCAUCAUAGAUUUUAUUAAGAUUUUCAUUGGUUUACUUUUCCCUAUAAUAAUGAAGUUUUGCACUUCACAGUGAAAUCAUCCGAAAGGGGAUAAACAGAUAAACCACUAAUCUAUGUCUAAAGGGAUUUUCAUUACAUUUUAAAAUGACUACCCUCCAUGGGCAGGGGAAUGUAUAUAAAACUCCUAAGGAAAGAGACACAGCAAACUGAGAUUCAGAAAGACGAAGUGUCACAGAGGGAAAGAGUAAUGACAGUGUGUGGGGAAAACUAUUUUAAAUUCCAAUUCAGUCCAGUUAGAUUUUGUGCUGUGUCUGCCAUCUUCCCGUUGUGUAUCUUGAAUCCUUAAAGACCUUGGAUUUAAGAUGGUGGAUAAAGGUGGGGAAAUACAAAAAGGCAAUGCUCAGGUUACAGAAUCUCUAACCUCACUUGCAUAAAAAAAUCAUUCCAGUGGGAGUGUCAGUAAGUGCAAAAAAGCUCACAAUGAAACAGUAUCUUGUCCUUUUAGAACAGUAAAUGUCACCUUAAACCCUCCUUAUUGUUUGAAAGUAUAAGAGCAUUGUUACAAUGUAUUUGAUGGGCUCAACACCUAUUGCCUUCCUGUGGAAACAGCUCUAAACUAACAAAUGAGGGAUGGAUCACAAACAAAAUAAGAAGUUGCAGCACUGAAACCUAAGUAAUUUAUUGUUUUUGCAACUGCCAUGUGAAUUUCUGUGAUGAAAUUAUUUAUUCUUAUUUAACAAAAAUUAUGUGCAAAGUCUUCUAUAUUUAAAAUGUGUUGCUGUUGUCCUAUUUUUUUUUAAUUUAUGCUUCUUGUUUGUGUAUAAAAUGCACUUUGUGAGUUUAUAUAAUAUACAGCACUGGUGGAUUUGUAUUUUUUUUACAGAAGGAUUUCUGUGUGGAACAGGUGUAUGUGUGUAUAUUCUGCAUGUAUUUUCAGUCUGCCACUCUCACAUUUUAAACUUCUAUUGCUAGCAGUGUUUCUUACUAAUCACUAUGUUAAUAGGUCAAUUAAAUACCAGUAACAUUGGCUUCCUCACA